GGACGCUUAUUUUACUGUUAUUAUUAUUCCCAUCACUUUUAUCUGAAUUGUGCCCUGUAUGAAAUGGAACAUUCCAGUAUAAAUUGCGGGAAAAGUAAACCGCGAUAAUUCAUUUGUUUACCUUUUAAUCUAAGUUUCUUGAGGAUGCCAGGGAAAACAGAAGAAGCUGUGUCAGUCUCGGAAGACAUCAAGAAAAAAUUGGAAUGUUUAGAUGUUGAGCUUAAGGAUGGAGAUAUUACACAAAAGGGAUAUUGGAAGAAAAAGUGGCGGCUUUUUGGUGAUUUGAUCUCAGAUGAUGUCAAACAGAAAGUUGGUGAUGUUGAAAGCGAACUUAAGGAAAAGUUAAUAACUGAGAAAGGAUAUUUCAAGCGUUUAGAGCACCUUUUCGAAGCUUUUUGGAAAUCUGUAGAUCUGACUGCUAACAAUAAACCCAGGGAGACUGGAAAAUUUAAAGAUUCUGAGGAAAGCCCAGAUAAGAAUGGACAUAAUGGUAGUACUCAGAGCGAGGUAGAGGAAAAUGGGUGUAAUGGCGGGGGCGACUGUGACACUGCUCAGAUGGAGACUGGAAAGAAUGGUGACCAUGGCAAUGAUGACAUUCAGGUUGAGAAUGGAAAGGGAGAUACGUCCAAGAAGGAAAAUGGAGAUGAAGAGAUAAAGAAGGAAGAAGAAAUGGAGGUUGAAGACAUUCCUGAAGACCAAGAGAAGUCAGACUCGCCAAAGAGCAAGCGGGGUCGACAGAAAAAGGAUAAGAAGACCGGUAAACAGCCAUCCAUAAUGUCAAUGUUCUCAAAAGCUAGUUCUCCAAGUCAGAAGAGAAAGUCUACAGUUGAUGAUGAUGAUGUUAAAGUGGAGCCAAAAGAGGAAGAGUCUGAAGCACAGGAUGAGACUGCAACAAAGAAACCAAGAAUUGAUAAUGAUGAUGACAAUACUGACGAGAAAAGAGAUCUAAGACCAAAGUCUGAGGAGACCACAAAGUCAAGUACUCCUAAGAUCCCACUGAAAUGUCUUCAGUGUAAACAGCUUCUGGAUGACCCAGAUCUGAGGACAUUUGCAGGGCCCCCUGAAAAUGCUACACUCAUCUGUGCCAUUGAUACAGCUGAUAGAGUAAAAUAUAAACGUAUUUCUCGGGUUGUGAAGCCAAUAUAUGAACCCAGUCCUGAGGUGGUAUCCGACAAAAAACAGGACCAAUCAAUUCAUGUGGACGCAUUUGCUGAGUACAUCUUAAUGAAAGGUAGUGAGAGUUACUCCCCUUUCAUGGACCAGAUGCAAGAGAAAAUCAACAUGAGCAAGAUUGUUAUUGAGUUCCUGGUUAAAACACCCGAGGCCACAUAUGAAGAUCUGCUGAAUAAGAUCCAGGCGAGCAAUGAGAAAAGACAAGGUAGUGAAGAAAGUUGUACCCAAGCAGACUGGCUUUCAACAACCCCUUGUGAUUCGAUGUUCGCAGCAUGCCAGUCACCAGACUGUGGUAAAUGUGCUGCAUGUAAAGAUAUGGUCAAGUUUGGAGGCAGUGGUCGGGCAAAACAAGCAUGUCAUGAGAGGAGAUGUCCCAACAUGGCAGUGAAGGAAGCAGAAGAUGACGAUCUUCUUGACGAAGAGAAUGAUGAUAAAGUUCCCUUGGAAAGCAAACAUCAAAAAGAUACAACUGCUCAUCAUAAAGCCUCCGCAAAUAAAAAGGUUGAGUUGAAAUGGAAAGGUUCACCUAUCAAGGAAGAAGGCAAGAAGAAAUAUUAUCAAACAGUUGUGUUGGACGGAGUGGAGGUAUCAGCUGGUGAAUGUGUCUCAGUUAAACCAGAUGAUCCAACCAUUCCGCUCUAUAUUGCACGUAUUGCCUACAUGUGGGAGGAUAGUAGAGGCGAUAAAAGAUUCCACGCUCAUUGGUUCUGUCGUGGUAGUGACUCGGUUCUAGGUGAGAGCUCUGACCCACUUGAGUUGUUCAUGGCAGAUGACUGUGAAGAUUCCGACUUGCAGUACACAGUGUCUAAAGUUCAGGUGAUUCAUCAUAAAGCUGAUGAGAACUGGUCAAUGCUCGGUGGAGAGGAGAUCGAACAUCCAAUCAAAAAUGAUGAUGGGAAAACAUACUUUUAUCAGAAAUGGUAUGAUUCUGAGUAUGCGAGGUUUGAAGAUCCCCCAGAGGUUGGAGACAUACCAGAGAAUAUUGCUCACAAAUUUUGUCACAGCUGUCAGAGACUGAAUGCUCUGAGAAAGAAAGAGACGCCAGCACUUGGUGAGGAGAUCAAGGUGGAGGCAGGUAGUGAGAACAACGUGUACUACGCUAGUGUAGCUAGGGACGGGUUUGAGUACAAUGUUGGCGACUGCUGUUACCUAAUGCCCAGUGCAUUUGACUACAGUGUUAAACCAGCAGCCCCCAAAAAGCUUAAGGUGGAUAAGACCGCUGUUGAUGAAGAGCUGUAUCCUGAGGCUUACAGGAAGUCAGACUACAUAAAGGGGUCCAAUGACGAGGUACCAGAAACAUUCAGGAUUGGCAAAAUUGAACAUAUUUACAUUAAAGAUAGCGGAAGUAGUGUCCCUUGUCUGGAUAAGAUAAAGUUGAAAGUGAAGAAAUUUUAUAGACCAGAAAACACACACAAAGGUGCUGCAGCAGGUCAUCAGGCUGACUGUAACCAGUUGUUCUACACAGAUGAAGAGGCGACAGUAGAUUUCAGUCUUGUCCGAGGAAAAUGUACAGUUGUCUACACUGAGGAAUUAGAUCCUAAACGAGAUGACGACUUCCUCUUUGGGGAGGAUAAGUUCUACUUUACAGAGGCUUACAACAGUAAAACAAAAACCUUCGAAGAACCACCAACUAAAGCCAGAAUGAUGGGAUCAAAAGGCAAGGGUAAGGGUAAAGGCAAAGGCAAGGGAAAAGCUUCAACAAAGGCAGACACUACAGCCGAAGCCAAACCUGAGAUCCGCCGGCUGAGAACCCUCGAUGUAUUUGCUGGGUGUGGAGGUCUGUCAGAGGGUUUCCAUCAAGCAGGCGUUGCUGAGUCACGUUGGGCAAUAGAGAAAGAGGAGCCGGCUGCGCAGGCAUACAGAUUAAACAAUCCUGGUAGCACAGUGUUCACAGACGACUGUAAUCUACUACUGAGACUGGUUAUGGAUGGAGAGAAGACAGAUGGCGUGGGUCAGAGACUGCCACAGAAAGGAGAUGUUGAGUUACUGUGUGGUGGUCCACCAUGCCAGGGCUUCUCUGGUAUGAACAGGUUCAACUCUAGGGAAUACUCCAAAUUCAAGAACUCUCUGAUUUCCUCCUACCUCAGCUACUGUGACUAUUAUAGACCUAGAUUCUUUCUGCUUGAGAACGUGCGUAACUUUGUUUCCUACAAGAAAAGUAUGGUUCUCAAGCUGGCCCUCCGCUGCCUUAUACAAAUGGGGUACCAGUGUACAUUUGGAAUACUUCAGGCCGGCAGUUAUGGUGUGGCACAAACUCGUAGAAGGGCUAUUAUUCUUGCUGCAGCGCCAGGAGAAAAACUACCAUUCUACCCUGAACCAUUACAUGUGUUUGCUCCAAGAGCCAUGGCUCUCUCAGUCGUUGUUGAUGAUAGAAAGUAUGUUUCAAAUAUAAUGAGAAUGGAUUCCGCUCCUUUCCGAACAAUCACAGUGAGGGACACAAUGUCUGAUCUACCAGAAAUAAAGAAUGGGGCAAAGGCACAGGAAAUUUCCUAUAACUGUGAUGCAUUGACCCACUUCCAGAGAGUUAUUCGUGGAAAACAACACCAGCCAGUAUUGAGGGACCAUAUUUGCAAGGACAUGAACCCUCUAGUUCAUGCUCGCAUGCAGCACAUCCCACUGGCUCCUGGCUCAGACUGGAGAUCCCUGCCCAAUAUAGAAGUUCGACUCUCAGAUGGCAACAAAUGCAAAAAGCUACAAUACACUCACCAUGACAAGAAGAAUGGUAAAAGUAGCAAUGGCAGUUUACGCGGAGUUUGUUCCUGUGCUGAGGGGAAUGCUUGUGAGCCGAUGGACCGUCAGUUAAUACCCUGGUUCCUGGUGUCUCCACACAGGAACCGACAUAAUCACUGGCGGGUUUACGCGUUAGAUGGGAUCUUCUUGCAGGGUAGAGUCCUGCACCCAGAGCAGCAUCGUGUAGUCAGUGUGAGAGAAUGUGCUAGAUCCCAGGGCUUCCCUGACACAUACAGGUUCUAUGGUACUAUUUUGGACAGACAUAGGCAGGUUGGUAAUGCUGUACCUCCCCCUAUGUCUCGUGCUAUUGGACUAGAGAUCAAAAAAUGUUUGGUUGCCAAGGUAACAGAGGAGCCUGCUCCAAACAACAAAAUAGAAGUAAAAGCCGAAAGUGAAAUAGAGAAGAUGGAAGUUAAGGAAGAAGAGACAGCGGGUUCCAGUACUUAAGUUAAUCACUGCGGAGAACAGUUGCAAGUUUUCAAAAUGGACGGAAUAAUGUUUAAUGAAUCAGUUCCUGAUUUAAAUGUUGAAUAUGGUCAGUUUAAUAAGAAUUUUCUGUGUUUCUGUGUUAAGUUAUUUGAUUUCUUUCAGUCUCAAGAUUUAUUGAUAGUAUUAAUUAUAACAUAUAAAGAUUCGAUUAAAAACAAGGGUUGAAAGUCAUGACUGUACUGUCACAAAAAUAAGUUAUGCACAAAAUAAGAAAGUGAAGAAAAAGUGGUGACAGACCUAUAUAAUAAAUCUAAAUUGUUAUCAGGAAAUGCUUAUAGUUAUGAAUUUAAAGAUUUGUCUUCUGUCAAGUUUCACAAACAAAAUUAUGGGACUAACCUUUCUUUAAGUGAUAUCAUACUUCACAUUUAGUCACAUCAGCAGCAAAAUAGUGUGAUUUAGCCCUUACCAUGCUGGACACGACUGAUUCUGCCUUAGCAACCAGUGUAGAUCAUGAUCAGCCUGCAUAUCUGUGCAGUCUGAUCAUGAUCUGCACUGUUCGCCAUUCAGCCAGUAUAUUUUUGGUAAACACCCCUUUUAGCAGUUAAUGGUACUGUCCAAAUUGGAAGGUGGACAAGUUCAUUUUAGAAAUUUAGCAGGGUAAGGGUUAGAAGUAGAAAUAGUACAGGUAGACACAGUCAGAAAACAAAGAGUGUCAACUUGAGACAGUGAAAGUGGGAGACAGUUGAAUCAUUGAUAAAAAUGAGUGAACUGAACAUCUAGACGAAAAGAAUAUAAACUAAACAAAAAUAUUUCAGGCCUUUUUUUCAUCAGUUUGUAAAUGCCACCGACACCAGUGGAAUUGGGAAAAUGCUCUCGGAAAUUGUCUUAAUUGGGACAAUUUGCAAAUUACCAAAAUCUACAUAAAUGUGUUUUUGUGUGAAAUAUUAAUGAAUUGCAUUUCAGUAAUUGUUCACAGUAUUAUAAUUUACCUAAAUAUACAUACAAAUCAGCAAAACUAUCUUAAAACAGCAAAAACCCUAAAAGGUAUAAUCAUUUGGGAAUUUUAAAUUCAACUUUGGGAAAAAAACAUACUUUUUUGCAUUGGGAUUACCUCCUUUUACAGAAGGUAGAUUUAUAGCGGAAAAUAGCUCUGUAUUUACAGAAAAAAUCUUCACCUUUUCAUCAUUUCUAAAUGUGACAAUGUUGCCAAAUAACAGACUCUUUUUCCAAGAUGAUGUCUGGAGAUACGUAAAUUUACAUUGUAUGGUUCUUCGUUUUGUUUACACUUGUUGCUUUUUGUCUUAAAAGUAGUAAUAAAGUACACAUAGAAGUAAAUAUUUCUUGAAUACAAAAGGAUUAUAGUAGAAAAAGUAGGUUUAAAAGUUUACCAAGAUGGUAUUUCGAGACAACUUGCAUAUAUGCUUAGGUUGUCUGAUGGUAUAUGUGAAUCUUGUACUUGGAAAACAUCUUUGUUAAUUGUUAUAGAUUUCAAAAAUUCAGGAUUGCCCUGUCAAACUUUGUAAAGAAAUAGAAAUAAGACAUCUAUGUUAGUGUGCAAAAGUACAUGCACCUAGAAUAGAAAAGAAUACAUUAUAACGGUAUGAUUGGUGGAUAAAUAUGCCUGCAAAAGUACAUGCACCUAGAGUAGAAAAGAAUACAUUACAACGGUAUGAUUGAUGGAUAGAUAUGCCAAUGUAAUUUGUUUUCAUGUGAUUGAAUGGUUUGCUAUUUAUUCAGUUAUUAUUAUCAAUAAAUUUUUAAAUGUAUUAUUGAAGAUUUACACAAAUAGCUCUGCUGACAUUUUUAGCAGGUUUAUUUAUUCUUUUUCAUCAUAAAUUUAUGCUCUCUAUUUUCUUUUUUCUACCAUCAGAUUUUUAGUUCUAUACGUCAGAGCUUUAGCACUGACACAUCUGUAAGAAUGAUAAAAAAAACCAGUUUCUGACCUGUGUAGAUAAAAUUAGCCUUUUGAAUCUCAAAGUUUUAUUAAUUAAGAUUUUUAAAUUUUAAAAAAAAAUGCAUUUUCAUAAAUAUAGGCAUAUUCUUUUGAUGUUUGUGUAUGAAUAUUGCGUUUAAAAUAUUGAAUUUCUAAAAAGUUCCUACAACCACCCAUGGACACGCUCCAUUUGAUGUGUAAGUUCUGUGUGUUUGAAUUAUUUAGAAGAAAUUUGUAGUUGGCUGUGAACUUGAAAUUAAUGUGGAACUUACUGCCAUCCAAUUCUGCAUCAUUGUACACUGGUAUUUUAUGUGUACCAGACUUUGAAAUUCAUAUGUUAACCAUUAUCACGUGUGUAUAUCAUAAUGUGUAUGUGUAUAAUUUUGUGUUGCAAUUUCAUUAUUUGAAUAAAAUUUGUGAAUUUUUGUAAAUGAAACAGUGCUAGUAUUUCAAGUUUUGAUAUUAAAUCUUUAUAUAAAGUC